UUCUUUCAUAUUGUUUUAAUAUUUUUUUUAAAUAAUGGACGGUCAAUAUAUAGAGUUGUUACCAAAAACAAAUAAAUCGAAAUGAUUACAGUUUGCUUAAAACAAUCAAGUUAUAAUGUAUCAAGGCGAAAGCAGUACACUAACGUAUACUGUUCAGGGGGAGGGAUCGCCGGGCCCCCGGCCCAACAAGAAGGGAUCGGGUACCCCUUUAAACUCGCAGCCAACACUCCCCGAAGAUGAUCAGGACUGGUUCAAAGAACAAUAUGAAAGAAAAAUUGGUACACCAGCAUCGUGUACGACGCCUGAUAUUAAUGUAAUUCUCAAAAACCUUAUUUUAAAGUAUAAAGGUCCUAAAGAAAGCGCAGCGUAUGCGGAGCCGGUGAAUCCUAAAACGGAAGCAAAACUUUUGAAAUGGCCUGAUAUGCCGAAUAUAAAAAAAUGCCUCUGCAGGGAUUUUGGUUGUAUUUGCAGAGGAUGCAAGCUCUCUGAAGCCGUGAGCAUUCCGUAUGCUUCGACUUCUUCGAGUAAAAACGAGCCUGCUGGAACUUUUAUGGGAUCCUUGGAGGUAGCUUUAAUAGAGGCCACGGAGUCGUACAUGUUGUUGCUGAGUGACGACCGCACUAUGUGUCUGAAAUGCCCGGAGUUUUGCGCGUCGCGUUGUAUCUCCUUCAAGUUUGAGACACCUGAGCAGAUACCUUCCAGGACGGAACACUUGGAGGAAAAACUGAGGUUAGACGAAUACUCAUACACGCUUAAAAAGCGUAGAAUGAAGCGCAUCAUGAAGUACCAGCAGGAGCAUGCGAGAGAGAUCGAGGAAGGGUUAAACGAGGAAAAUUGCGGAAAUGUCAAUGAAACAAGGAGCAAUCAAAGCAGGUGGAAAUUUGGAUCAAAAAUAUUUAAGAAGACAGCUAAGGACGGAUCAUGAAAGGUAAUAAAAUUUCUAUAAAGUACCAAGAAUU